GUGCUGGAGCCCGACGGGGAGACCGUCCUGGGGCCGCCACUUUUGGACUGGGCCAAGUACUCCUGGAGCUGUCGGUUUAGUUCCGCCAUGACGGAGGGAGCUAACUGGCUAACGAGACCAGACGCAGACACAACAAGACGAGAGGAGUCGACCAGCAGGUGUCAUGGCGGUGUCUCAGGUCACGCCCACCUUGUUCCUGGGUGGGGCCGACGCCCCCCUGAACGCCGCCCUGGUGUCCCGGAAGAACAUCACCCUGAUCGUGAACGCCACGCUCAGCCACGCCAGCCCCUGCUACCCGGGGGUGGAGUGCGUGCGCGUCCCCGUCGCCGACCUUCCUGGCGCCCGCCUCGGAGACCACUUUGACCGGGUGGCCGAGCGUAUCCACGGCAACGGGGCGGGGGCCACCCUGGUGCACUGCGCGGCCGGUGUGAGCCGGUCCCCGGCCUUGGUGAUGGCGUAUCUCAUGCGCUACCGGGCAGUGACGCUGCGCCAAGCGCACCGCUGGGUGCAGGAGAGCCGGCCCUUCGUCCGCCUCAACGCCGGCUUCUGGGAGCAGCUGCUGCGGUACGAGCGGAGGCUCUACGGGAAGAACACCGUGAGGGUGGCCGCGGUCAGAGAGACCCCGCCCAGGAUCGGACCGCCACCGCUGACCUACAGGCAGGUCCCAAGGUCAACUAUGACGUCACGACCUCAAGUGAUGAUGUCGGCAAACAGGCUGAGAAGAAACUCUUCUUCAAUGGCUAAAACUACAUUACCCACAAUGCAACAGCAACUCUGACAAUGGACUGCACGUUGGCGGCGACCUCAGUUAACUUUCCACGUGAGCAUCUAGAGGUUUAACCUGUCACUUCACGCUGGGAUGGACAGGUGUGUGCCCGGAGCCAGUGACAUCACGGGGGGCGUGGCUACAGGUGCACCUUUACACCUGCUGCAUGGGGUUAAUCACUAAGGUUGCUUUUUGUCAUGACCUCUGUAGAUGCUGGUGUCAUAACCUUGCUCAUGACAACAGGGCGAACUAGGCAGCGUGAAUGAUUUAAAUAAGGAAUAAACUGAACGUAUCGUUUGUAAUGUAUAAGGUGUGUCUCUGUAACUGAAAUAAACCCCCCAAAAGAUGUGCCAAGCAGCGUGA